AUGGAUGUCUGGAGACUGUCGAGUGUAGCACUCCUCGUCUUCCGCCCGGCCUUGAGCGUGGCGUCGAUGAAACACCUCACGACCGCGCCAUUCCGCAAAGACGUCCAGUCGGAGCUGAAGGCGACAACAGCCACCGUGGUGUCCCUCAUGAGCAUGCUAAUAGGGGAACAACACCGCGGGCGGCUGUGCAGUAAUCACCAGGGACUGCACUUCGCCAAGAACGCAACACCAUACGUUGUCAUCCGCGUGCAAACAAGUAAGCAACAAGAUGCCGAGAAAUUCAACGCCAAUCACGGCAUACCUCACGGCGCUUCGCUCUUGACGGCGAGUGGCCGGGACAACGAGGAGCACAUCGUUCGCCGCGAGAAUGAUGCCACGGCUGCCGAGGUCAUGGCGGAAGGAGCGAGGUGGACGGCUUGGCGCGACGACAAGACUAUGCGGGAGUGGGUGAAGAAGACCGUGCAGGCUAGUCCGUCCUGCCGUGAGCUUCUCCGGGCCAUCUCCGAGUGGGAGAUCGGGACCCGCACGGCACCGGGAGACCACGGGGAAUCCUUGAGUGGAACGCCCGUCUCGGGCAACAGGCUGCGGCUCCGAGCGCAGAGGUGGCAGGAGAAGAUCGGAGCCCUCCUCCGGCGGACGGGACAGGGCGGGCUGAAUCUCCUCGAUCUCUACAAGGCAUGGUUCUCGUGCGGCAGGGAGAAGAGCAACCCCAACAUGAGCGAGAACGGCCGCUGUCCUCGUUGUUGGCGCAAUCGACACCCGCAUACCGUCAACAUGGAGGGUGAAUGCAGCAACACCUGGAUCGGCGCCCCUGAGAGGGUUUCUGGCGGCCUUUGCCGUAUGAUGGCCUUUUCGCGCAGGAGUCCUCCUGGCAGCACAACCGUUUUCGCUGGUCAUGGUUCUUGGCCGUCGUACGCGUAG